GUGUACUUCCGGAAUAUUCUGACAGAUUUUGUGAAAAGUGCGUUAUGUCAAUUAACAAGUAGAUUUGUACUCGGAAUUCAGUUUCCAGUUAUUUUAACCUCGUAUAGCAACAGAUGGCCGCAUCAGAGUCAUCGCAGGACAACGGCCCGGGGGGAGCGACGGGUGGACCCGAGGAGGACGGCAGGGCUUUUUUCGAAUGCAAUAUUUGUCUUGAUACAGCAAAAGAUGCCGUUGUUAGCAUGUGUGGUCAUCUUUUUUGCUGGCCUUGCCUGCAUCAAUGGCUCGAGACAAGACCAAAUCGUCAAACAUGUCCUGUGUGCAAAGCAGGUAUCAGUAAAGACAAAGUAAUUCCAAUUUAUGGAAGAGGGGCAUCAGAGCAAACAGACCCAAGGGAAAAAUUACCCCCCAGACCUCAGGGUCAGAGGUCAGAGCCUGAAAACAACAGGGGUUUCCCAGGCUUUGCCUUUGGAGAUGGUGGCUUCCAAAUGUCUUUUGGAAUAGGAGCCUUUCCAUUCGGAAUCUUUGCCUCCACAUUGAACUUUAAUGAUGGAAGACCAGGUCCAGCUCCACCUGGCACUGCACAUCAUAAUGAAGAACAGUUUCUGUCAAAAGUCUUCCUUUGGGUGGCUGUUCUCUUCAUAUUUUGGCUCUUAAUAGCUUGAUGUAAACAUGAAAAAACUUAAGAGGAUUAUUAUUAUUGUCAUAAUGAUUAAACAGAAGAGAGAAAAUGUGGUGUAUGUGGGUGUGUGUGUGUCACUGUGUGUGUGUGUGUGAGAGAGAGAGAGAGAGAGAGUGUGUUAAAUUAACAUCACUGUGUGUGGAGUGUAUAUUUUGAUUUAUGAAUGGGAAUACAUAUAAUUAGUAAACUGAUUUAAAUUUGCUUGACAUAGAAUUUCACAUUACCAAAUGUUAGUAUAUAUUCUGAGCUGCUUAGAAAUUCCAAUUGUGAAAAGGAUAGAUAUUUGUAUGUGUGAUGAAUGCAGUUGAUUGUUUAAGUUUGUGUGAGAUUAAAUUUUAUAUUGUUUUCAAAUUGAUAUUAUUGUGCAACACUAGAGAAACAUUGUACAUGUAUACGCAUAUAUAGCAAUGUCAUAUAAUUAUAUGUUAGUACAUUUAUUGAAAUGCUGUAGGCGAAUUUUAUCAAAAGAAUUGCAAAGUUUGUAUGAUUAAUGGAAAAGAAACUGUUCUGUCGUAUCGUGCCAGUGCAGGUAUACAAUAUGUUCCAAUAUUCAUUAAUGUGUUAAAAUCAAAGAUUAUUGUGAUAAAAUAGUCUUAACUUGUUAAUUGUUGUUAUGAAAAUAAAACUCAUUGAAUGAGA